AUGUACAAGGCACUGAAAAAAGAACGAAACAAAAUCCGGCAUGAAAUCAAGCAUAGACUCGAGCAAAAUAAGGAGCAAGAACUGAAUCUGAAAGUUAGUCAGCUCGGUCAUAUAGAAGACGCUUCUAAAAUGUAUAAAUCAGUUAAAAUUUUGCAGCAAAAGUCCUUUAUAAAUCCUUAUGUUUACGACGAGAACAAAAAAUGCAUAACAAAGCCAUCUGAAAUCUACAAAGUAGUUAGAGGUCAUUUCGAGAAACAUUUCAACGACGAUGAUAUUAGUAGUAUAAAUCCAUUCGACGGUCAGCCAAGAAAACUGAAUAGAGAAAUAUCAAUAGAAGAAGUUACAGCCGGCAUUAAUAAACUGAACAACAACAAAACUCCAGGAAUUGACAAUAUAUCUGCCGAAAUGGUAAAGUAUGGCCCUUUGGCCCUGCCCAAAGCCAUCAAAAAUACCCUGAAAGAAGCCUUUGAAAAAGAAAUAGAACUAGGAUUGGGCGACGGCAUACUUGUGUCCUUGCAGAAGUCUGGAAAAACCAAAGGCCCUGUCACCAACCUACGACCAGUGAUAUUACUUCCAAUACUGAGAAAGACCUUGUCAAACAUAGUUCUACAUCGCAUCCAACCUAAGGUAGAACGAUUCUCAUCAGAUUCACAAGCAGCAAAUCGACCGAGUCGCAGUACUUCAGAUAUGGUGUGGGCAUACAAAUGA